AUGGCCUCCCUGGACGUGGAUUCGCCGUACAACCUGUCUGAAGUAGAGUCCAUCGACUCUGACUGGCUCGAUCUCUCCUCGCGUGCGUCGGAAGAUAAUGAGAGCUUGGGCGACCUCGAGAGCGACCGCGAGAACCCGAGCCGGCCCCUUUCGCGCCAGUCGUCCAUCAGCGACUCGAGCAUCGGCGAGCAUGGCGGCUGGGAGGGUAUUAUUGAGACGACCGACGACGAGGCGCUGCUGGAGGGCGUCGACAGCCCGGUGAUGUCCGACUCACCGCCGGUGGCACUCGACCACGACCACAAUGACGCCGGCUUCGGCACCGUCCGCGUCCGCGCGCGCGACGUCGCGCUCCAUCGGCACGUCGAGGACCUGCGCGAGCGCCAGGCGCUGGAGCAGAGCAUGGUCAGCACCCUCAACGGCUCACGUGGCGGCUCGCUCGCCGCCAGCGCCACAUCGAGCUCGCCUUUGUCCGGCUCGGCGCGCUCGAAGGACCUCCGCCUCUCCUUCCCCGAUCCCCUGACGUCCCCGCGCGACGAGCUCAAUCGGUCGUAUGAUAACGUCUUCCUCGACGACUCGUUGCCCGGCUCGCCACCCCAGGAGCCCGAGCGCGUGGUUGAGGCGCCCAGCGCUCCUACGCCCGUGACGGCCGAAGCCCCGGUUCGGGCGACCAACCACCGGGACUUCGCGCUUGACGACAUGCAGAUCGUCUUGUACGGCGAUUCGCGGGUAGACAAGCACAUCGUCACUGGCAUGAUCGUCGGCAAGCUCGCUGAGGGCUUGAAGCUUGGUAUCUCUGGCCCAGAUGUCGUCGACGGCGUCACCCGUUACACGCUGCUGAAACGCGGCAAGGCGGCGUCUGCAACUGUGCAUGUCAUCGAUAAUACGAACGUUUUUGAUCCUUCACACAGCGACGCGCGGCCCUCCCUUGCCGUCGUUUUCCUUCCGGCUCUACUCAAGGCGCUUCCUCGGCAUUCGCUCUACCUGCCCAUCACCCAAGCGCACCCAGCCGAGAUCGAUUCUAUUGCUACGGACAGCUUGCGCGCGGACGCCGAACGCCAGUGGAACGCGCUCCAGAUUCCCAGCACACAGCUUCUUCUCUGGCACGUCGACACGCCGUCCCCGACCUUAAGCGCCGCGGAAGUCUCCGCGCUCGACUCAACAGAAGUCGUACUCGGGUUCGAGCCCCUCCUUCCGCGCCGCCAACGCGCCCUCCAGGUGUUCCGUGACCAGGUUGCUUCCGCGCCUGCGGUGACCUUGAUAACCCUUUUGUCGAUUAUCUUGGGGUACCUCGUCGGCUCAUCCUUCUCGUUCAAUGCGUCGACCGCUUCGAAGACGGUCAUCUCGUCCGUCACGCCGUUCGUGGCGAACACUUCGUACCCGUCGGUCGUGCCGUCGCCGUCGCCGAUCGUGUUCAACGGCUCCCGCUCUCUGGCGUCUGCCCCACUGUCGAGCCUAUCAACUAUGGCACCGCUCCGGAACAGCCUGGUUGCUGUACCUGUAUCCCUCACGCCAACGUCAGCUUCAAGCAAAUCGCUCAGCGCAAGCUCCGUCCCGCUCAACCCGACGACUACAUGCGUCGCUGCGGGAUCUUGCGCGGCAUCGACAUCCUCGCUUGCUGUCACCACCCAAUCCACCACAGGCGGCGCGCUGGCCGCCGUCCCUUCCAUCGUCAAGUCGCUCAUGGCCGUACCUUCUGCGCCCGAACGCAACACCCUGUCCGAGCUCCUGAAGCCGCACGGCAAGGGCAAAGCCGCUGAAGGUCACGAGCUCAUCGGCGCGCUCGAAGAUCUGCAACGCGCGAUCUCGGGUCAGGCGUCUUCCCUGCUUUCGUCUCUCUCCUCGUUGUCGUCUUUGCAAUCUGGAGCUCAGACAAUGCACGAACGUCUAUCCGCGCGCAACAACCGCGCGCAAGAUCGCGCGCGGCGGAUGCGCAAGCGCGGACAGGAUGUGUUGCGAGAAGCUCAUGGGCGCGCGUGGGGACGCGUUGAGCUGGCGAGGCAGCGCGCGAGGGAGAUUCAUGAGAGGAUCGGAGGGGAGGUCGAGGGGAUCGUUGAGAGCGUGCAGAGGAUGUUGGAGGAGAAGGCUGUUGCGAGGGAGGGCAGGCGGAAGGAGAGGGCGGAGAAGAGGCGGGGGAGGGAUUGGGCCGAUUGGGUCGCUGCUCAUUGA